AUGUCAUCGAACGAAAGCAUCGGUACUUUGGAGGAUCUCCAUCGAUUCCCCUUGGAGUCGUUACACUCCUUUUCAUUCGCCCAGCAAUCCGACGAGCUACUGAACAGUCGCCAUAAUAUUUUAAAAAGAUCGAUCGACUUCAUGCGCGACCGUUUCGGCUGGGCUGCCAGCAAUCCCGCCAUUGCCAAUGCGCAGGCUCGCAUGGGUGGCGAUGCGGAAACACAGAGUAUGGUUGAUUUCAUGUCGAGAACAAGUAUUCUGGGAAAGGAAGACAGGCACAACUAUGCUGGCUUGUCGCGCGGCCCGUUAACGAGUCCUCCGGAUGUGGACAGCGGCAAUAUUUUCGACCACGCGUUCAAUGGCCCCGGAAGCUCUGGGAUGGAGUCCAGGGAAUCGCGGCAAGGGCAGGAUGUAAGUGGAGGAGGAUUCUUAACCACCGGGAACAUACCUCAACAGAGAAGGGAGAUGAAGUCGGCUCCUUCGUCCAGGCGCGUAAGCUUAAAACGUACAUACACGGAUGUCAGCUUUGUCUGCCCCUGGAACAAGCUGAUGGAGACUCUAGCACAAACGUACUCCGCCCUGGACUCAUUGCCGUCAACCAGCUCCUCGACCUAUGGAUUGGGCUUUCCCGUUCCCGCCUUGCACACCCAUAGCAGCAAAUGGAACCCCGUCUCGCAAGCCGUCUUCAGGACCGAAUCCCAAGCACCGUGGACCAUUUUGGCUGCCAAUGACCUAUCCUGUCUCGUAUUUGGUGUCACACAAGCGGAGCUCCGCAGGCUAAGUAUUUUAGAAGUCGUACAAAGGGAUCACCAGCAGUGGCUUGAAUCCAAAUUGCGAGACCCCACCACUGAUGCCGCAGCAAAACUCCCAUCGUUACCCGAAAAGUCUCAAAUCAGAGCAGUCACCCCAAGAUCUGGGGUGAUGGGCAAGGGUGUCACAGCGCAACUGCUCAGUAAACCGCCCUCCCGAAUGAUAAAGUCAGGAAGGGCCCAGACCGACGACGGGUUUGGCUCGAGCCAACGCAAGUCGAGGCAUCUAAACCAUCCUGCCACCAAGUCACGAGGCGUCCUGCUGUGCGGGGAUGUCAUACCCAUCCAAAAACGUAAUGGGACGAAAGGAUCUGCAAGCAUUUGGGUAAUGGAGAAGCGCGGGGGCCUAAUCUGGGUACUUGAGGAGAUUCAGGAGAACGUCGCCUACAUCUCAUGCGAUGACUCCUGGACGGUCACCGAGGCCCGGGGCGAGACCGACAAAAUUUGGGGUCACGAUGCGGCGAAACCGGGUGUACAUAUCACCGAGCUUCUGCCUCACUUGCCCAAGACAUGUCUCAAGAAAUCAGUCAGCCAAGGGAUCGCGGAACUUGCGGAGACCAAAUACUACGCCGCCCGGGCUUCCGCUGAGAUUUGCAUCCCCGCUAUCGUCGGGAAGGAAGGCGAUCGCUGCCUUCGGGUUUCGAGUUUUCCUCACGUGGCUGGGAUGAUGGUGUUGUCAUCAUCCACAUUGAAGGUGAUCAGCUCGAACCCGGUGUUCUCAUCGGCCCUCUUUGGUCAUGAGCGACCGGAAGGAAUGCAUGUCAACAAGCUUAUUCCUGGCUUUGACAAUCUUCUGGACGUGCUCACAGAAGAGGAGCGAUUGCCCUUGGUGGAUGGGGUCGUCAUCCCGGAACCCAGCUUUCGAAGGGCGCGGACACUUUCGAUCCUUCGCGAUGGCAAGGCAAAUGUAGCUUCAGUGUUCUUAGAGCCAAUGGGAAUCACGGCUGCUCAUCGGGAUGGAUCCACUAUUGCCGUGGAUGUUCAGCUGCGCGUCGUAGAAAGUGAGACUUUCUUCCGCACUAGCCAGUACGGGGACGCUGGAAAAGGAGAGGAUCACAGCAACCACGAGGACGAUGAAAUUGCUGUGAAAGAGCUCGUAUAUGCCUUAUGGGUCACAUACUCGAGAAAGAUCCAUUCGAUAGGGCCGUCAGCAAGCUUCUCUCCGCCUCGUCAACGGUCGGAGACGGCCAGACCUUCCGCAACGCACUCUUUCGGGGCAGACAGAAUAUCGGUAGAGCCGCAGAUACCGUCUUCAACACUGAGCCAGCAGCUCAGCGAAGCAGCAUCAGAGCCAUUGACAGAUCGGCCUGUGCAGCCAGUUCCGGAACUCCCGCAAGCCAAUUCCAAGGAGACGCCCAAGAAACGAACGAUUACCGACUACGUGAUUCUUGAGGAAAUGGGGCAAGGCGCAUACGGCGAAGUCAAACUGGCUCGGUUGAAAAAGAACCCAGCCAAGAAGGUUGUGUUGAAGUACGUCACCAAGAAGCGGAUUCUCGUGGACACCUGGACUCGCGAUCGCCGCCUGGGGACAGUUCCCCUGGAGAUUCAUGUACUUGAUUACCUUCGACGAGACGGCCUCAAGCACCCGAACAUCGUCGAGAUGGAAGGGUUCUUCGAAGACGAUAUCAACUACUACAUUGAGAUGAAGCCCCAUGGUCUUCCCGGGAUGGAUCUCUUCGACUAUAUUGAAUUGAAGGUGAACAUGGAUGAGGCGGAAUGCCGGAAUAUUUUCCGGCAGGUGGUGGAUGCCAUUCAUCAUCUUCAUACCAAAGCGCUGGUGGUCCACCGCGAUAUCAAAGACGAGAAUGUGAUUCUGGACGGCGAAGGAAGGAUCAAGAUUAUCGACUUUGGAAGCGCAGCCUAUAUCAAGAAUGGACCUUUCGAUGUCUUUGUGGGAACCAUUGACUAUGCUGCCCCUGAGGUAUUGCAGGGCAAGUCAUACAGAGGCAAAGAGCAGGAUAUCUGGGCUUUGGGUAUUCUUCUCUAUACCAUUGUCUACAAAGAAAACCCAUUCUACAACAUUGAUGAAAUCCUGGAUCACCCGCUUCGAAUCCCGUUCGUGCCGUUUUCGGAGGAGUGCAUCGAUCUGAUCAGGAAGAUGCUUGAUCGCGAUGUCGACAAUCGCUUGACGAUCACUGAGGUGAUGGAACACCCAUGGAUGCUGGACGACUGA